UGAGAUAUUUUUAGUUAUACUCGUUUAAGUUGCAUGCAAUUUAGUAUGAUGUGGCCAAAAUUCAAAUUUCCAUUAUCAUAUUAAUUUUGCGAUGCUGAAUUUGUAAGCAACCAUAACCAAAAGAAUAACUUUAACUUAAUGCUGCUUUAUUCUUUCAUGCUUGUUGGGGUUAUUACCUUUAUUCCUUUUAUCUAUUUGGAUUCUUGUUGAAGGUCUCUUAAGUCUGGCGAACUUUAGUCAAGAGAAAUAGGCUUCAUGGAUGAUCAUGAUCUUACUGUCCAGGUUCUUAACAUUUCUCCAGCAACAACGAGGGAGGAUCUUACUGUGUUCUUUUCAUAUUGUGGUACAAUUGAUAAAAUUCAGCUCAAGAAAGAUAAUGAUAGUUCCCAAUCAGCAUUUGUGACUUUCAGACAACCUUAUGCAGUUAGAACCUCUCUUCUUUUAAAUGAUGCUCUCAUUGGAGAUCGGCAUGUCAAAAUAAUCAAUCCGCCUAAACUUAAAAGUAUUCCAGUUAUAUUUGGCUCUUCAAAGGAUCAUGAGAGAUCCGGUGGAGGCUUGAUUCCGACUUGCCAAUCCGUAUUACAAACGGUGACCCUAAGAGGGCAAGAGACACUGAACAAAGCGAAGGAAACAGCAAGAUACACUGGCAAAACAGUUGCAAAUCAAGCUAAUUCUGCUAUCCUCUCCGUCGAGCAAACCGCAGGCGGUAUUGGAUCUGCAAUCAUGAGCAGUAACUGUUUCUCAAAUGGUGCGCUAUGGCUCUCAGGCGUGCUUGACAGGGCUUCUAAGAGUGUGGCAGAGCUCGGUGGUUCCAAAGCUCAAAACUGUAACUUUUCUAAGAAGAAAUGAAGGUGAAGUUUACUUUCAGAUGUAGUAAUCAGCCUGAACACAAAAAGUUUGCUUGCUAAACUCCUAUUUAAUGCCUCAGACUGUAUAAAAAGCACAUAAUAUGAUCUUUAUGGCUUUGAGCAUCAGCUAGAGAAGUUUUUAGAUGGAAGCUGGCAUUAGCUAAGUUUAAAAUGUGAAAUUUUUUCUAUGUAUGUUGAAAUUGUUGGUAGGGAUGUGGUAGAUAACUGGAUUGUUUUCAGGUUUCUACUUCAAAA